ACCCAGGUGCCCCGAGGGGAGGUUUUUUUUAAACUGUUCCUUCAGAAGUUUGAAUAGACUCCUUCCUAAUUAAAAGGCAUUCAAUCAUUUCACUAUGCUGGAAAUAGGAGGGGCUCGUAGUACACCUCCCACAGAAAAGAUCUUCCAAAUGAAGGGGUAGCUCAGCACUUCUGAGCACCCCUUUCCCCCUCUUCAGUCCCUUCAGAGCUCAGGGCAGCAGCUCAGCUCAUUCAUUCAUUCCAGGCCGGGGCCUGGGCACACUAUCUCAGCCCGGGCCUCAUGGGGGUUACAGUCCGGUAGGCAGCCCAGUGUCAGCAUCGGGCUGCCAAGAGCAGCUGACGGGGAGUCGCUCUUCCUCUACCUUCUCUGCCUCCUCGGCCGGCCUGGUCCUCUCAGUCAGGCUGCUCUGCCCAAGGGGCUGUGAGGACCCCCGUGUCCUCCGCAGGAUGCACACUGCUCCCCAGCCUCCGGGUGAUCAGGUCUAGGAAGCCCCAGGCCUGCUCCCGCCCGGGCACGUGCGUCUGCGUGCCUAUGGCUUCUUUCACUUUCCAGAUGGUUAUUAAAGGUCACUGAUGUCUCCCUGGGAUGCCCAACAACAGGGAUCACGUCCUCUCCUUGGCCAGGAUGAGGAGGGUCCCAACAGCCUCAGGCUGGGCAGGAGGAGCCUUGCCAAGCCCGCUCUCGCCCCCGGCUGCUCUUUGGCUCCCACCCCACCUCCCAGGCCAGCUGUUUGAGAACAGCUCUGGCUUCUCCAGAACACAGAUCACAGACUCGAAUUACUCAACUCCUCGUGCCUCAGUUUCUCUGAGGGCUUAAAAAAACUCUCAUAGCAUUGUGGUACGGGACACAUGAGGGAGGCAAGUGCAUAGAAAUGUCAGUUGUGAUAAUAAUUAUCAUUGCCAUUAUUCUAUUCAGCUGAAUCCUGCAUUCACAGUCAGGAAGGAUUGCUGAGCCUCCCUAUCUGCUGUUAUCGAAAUGGGGGUGUGGGGAAAUCCCCCUACAAGACUUUUCUCACCUCGCCCCUCCCUGUCCCUUCCUGACUCUUCGGGUUUAAGACAAGGACAAGGACCUCCUUCUCUUCUCUCCCAGGGCUCCUCCGCCACCCCGGGAAAGCUCUCUUUUCAGCUGCCUUUCUCUGUCCGUCUCCUGCUAUUCACCCCACUCCUCCCCUCUCCCUCAUCCCCCACAGACUGAGCAAGGGAGCAGCCCUCACUCCCUCCCGCAUCAUUCACUGCAAACACAUAGCACUCCCGUCCUGUGCUGGCCCUGCUAUGGGCCCCGAGGAGACAGCAGCGAAGCCAACCCUGGGCUCACACCGCACCACACCUGCCGCGGGGCAGGACUGCAGGGGAAGGAGGCCGGCCGAAAGGCAGGUGCACCGGGCGUUCAUUGGCAAGUCCUGUAUGGAUCACGCAGUGUGUCAGGCAGUGUGGGCAGAGGACCUCUUAAGUGCUGGAUCAAAUAUUUCCUGCGCAUGAAUAUAUGUACGUGUGGAAGAUAGCUAAGUGAUCUCUGAACAAAAUGCAUGAGAAGCUAGGAAUGGUGCCCCCCGGGAAGGAGACUUUUUUUACAUCCUUUUGAACUGUUACUGUGCCAAUGUAUUUGCAAUAUACAUUGAAUAUUCAGUAUUCGAUAAUUUCAAUAGAGACUUAAAUAAAAUGUAUAUUCUGUGCAUCCCCUUACCCUCUCCUUAUUAAUCUUUUCCCUCAACCCUCAGCAUCCAUGAUAAAUGACACCUAUUGGUUAUUCUAUUGUAUUGGGUCCUUUUUCUGCCUUCUAAAAAAAUGUAUUUUUAUCUCCGACUGCUCUUCUUUGCAGACACGCAGAGUUUCAGCCACCCUUCCUGUUAAAUGGCCCACAUGCUCCCCCAGGAUAGUGGUUCAGGACAGCGACUACGAACACCCAGACGAACACUCGGACUCAGAGAUGUACGUGCUACCUGCCGAGGAGACUGGCGACGACAGUUAUGAGCCGCCGCCUGCCGAGCAGGAGACAAGAACAGUUCACCCAGCCCUGCCCUUCGCCAGGGGCGAGUAUAUAGACAAUCGGUCAAGCCAGAGGCAGUCUCCGCCCUUCAGCAAGACACUUCCUAGUAGGCCCGACUGGCCUUCGGCAAAAGCAAAAGCCAGGCUGACCUCCACUCUGCCGACCCUGACUUCUCUUCAGAAACCUCAAGUCCCACCCAAACCCAAAGAACUGGAGGAUGAGGUUGAUUACGUGGUCCCUGUGGAUGAUGAAGAUGAGAACUACAUUCACCCCACAGAAGACAGUUCAUUUCCAGCUGAAAAAGCUCCCAUGGUGAAUAGAUCCAUCAAGCCAAAUAACUCCUCAAAGCCAGCCCCUCCUCCAGGGACAGCUUCAGGUAAAGUACAUAGUCCACUAGCCAUACCCUUGCCUCUAGGCUUUCUCCUCCGUCACGAAGAUGAGCUUCUGAAAGCCUCCAAAUGUUGCCAGUUUUAUUCCACUUCAAACCCCAUCUUUUUAUCCCCCAGGAAAAAACCAGCUACACCCCUGAAGACAACUUCAGUUGCCUCUCCACAGAAUGCCACAAGUGUUUGUGAAGAAAAACCUGUACCUGCUGAGCGCCACCGAACAGCUAGCCACAGACAAGAAAAUAUGCAGUCAUCAGUGUUUCCUCCUGCCCAGAAACAAAUCCAUCACAAACCCAUACCUCUGCCAAGUAAGUACAAUGAAGUCAUGGAAAGUACUAUCAGGUUGUGGGUAAGGCUGGAUCCUUGUGUCUGAGCAACAUGUCCAUCUGGAGGAGGUUAGCUCCUCUCUGGCUUGUUUCCUUUUCUGUUAAAUGGAGCCAAGAAUAUUUAUUUCAUAGAGUUAUUUUCAAAAGUAAAUAAAUUUGGGAUAAUUUUUACUUCUUUUUUAAUAUUGAUUGAAUAUUUCACUGGUCAUACUGGUCAUCUUUUACAUUUAAUUUUUUAAUAAAAACAGUACAACUGUUUUCAAAAUAAGAAGAUUAAGUAGCUGGUAUAGUGCUUUGAAUACAGAAGGCCUGCAGUAGAUGAUAGCUAUUUAAGUUAAAGCUCAAGUCAUGCUAAGGGGUCCACCAGAUCCUACACAUCUGGUCCCUUCCUUACCUGUUGGCUGACUCCAUCCCUUGUUCUCCCCUUUUCCCUCCACACUCCAGGCACAGUGGCCCCCAGUCUAUGCUUCAAAUAUGCUAGGCCUUUGCGUGUUGCUAUUACUCCUACCUGGAACAUUUUUUCCUGAGAUAGCCACAUGCCUCCUCCCUCCCUUCCUGCAGAUCUUACCCGAGUGUCACCUCAGUGAGGCCUUCCUGAUCAGCCUAUUUAAACAUACUGUUUAUCCAAGACUAGUCCCCAACCCCUUCCCUGCUUAUUUUUCUCCAUGUAUAUGACUCUGUAAUAUUGUGUAUAUAUUUACUUAUGUCUUUAUUGUCUAUCUCACUCAUUCCAUUAAAAUUUAAGCUCCAGAAGGGCAGGGCAUUUUGCUGUUUUGUUUGACUGCUAUAUAUCUAUCCCCAGUGUUUUGAUCCAUGGCAGGCACACCAUGAUGAACAAACAAAUGAAUGAAUGAAUGAAUGAAUGCAGUGAAGUAUUUUCUCUAUUUCAUGUGUCUCCACAUACAGACUAUAAACUCCUUGAAGAAGUUUAUGCCAUAAGGCAGCAAUUAUCAAAUGUUUUGGUCUCAGGGCCAUGGUAACACUCUUAAAAUCAUUGCAGACCCAAAGAACUUUGGUUCACACGUUUCUUUCUAUUGAUAUUUAAUGUAUUAAUUAAAAACAGACAAUUAAAACAUU